CCUUUCUCUUGCAUGUCUGCGUAGCUAUAGGUUCUUUCAUAGCUUUUCAUGGGCUUUUUGUUGUUUGUUUUCCCCCCUUUUUGACGUGACGGCUGGAUGGAUAUGGUUGCAGACCGAGAGAGAGAUCCAAGAUGGUUGAGAAGACGAGGAUCAGGAAAGAGGAGGUGGUGACUCGUGAGUUCACCAUCAAUUUGCACAAGCGCUUGCAUGGCUGUACUUUCAAGAAGAAGGCUCCCAAGGCCAUCAAGGAGAUCAGGAAGUUUGCUGAGAAAGCCAUGGGAACUAAAGAUGUGAGGGUGGACGUGAAGCUGAACAAGCAAAUCUGGAGCAAGGGAAUUAGGAGCGUUCCAAGAAGAAUCAGGGUUCGCAUUGCUCGGAAGAGGAAUGAUGAUGAAGAUGCCAAGGAGGAGCUCUAUUCCCUUGUCACUGUUGCAGAGAUCCCAGCAGAAGGACUCAAGGGGCUGGGAACAAAGGUUAUUGAGGAGGAUGAGUAAUCUGUGUUACUCCGUAUUUCUAUCAGGCUGUUGUGUUAGGUUUUUGAAGAAGUUUUGUCAAUGUGUACGGAUUUGGAGAACAAGCCUAGGCUUUUGUUGGUACAAGUUGUUGGAUAUUGUCACCUCAUAUUUACCAUUUGAAAGCAGUGAACUUAAUGAUAUUUUCUAUUGCCUCUCUACCACAUGAUGGCCGUUGGGAUGCAGUCUGCCUAGAUAAGGUCGUGCAAGCUAAUUAUCUAGUUGAAAUGCUCGUUUAAUUACUCAGAAUAUAUAAUCGUAUUAAUGGCAUAGUUAGCCUUGAUAGUUUUUUUUUUUUACUUCAAUUUACUACUCACAUACCUUAGUUUCGUUUCC